AUGGAGUCAAAGCGUCACGAUCGAGGCCACCAAUCGCGUUCAGACACUCCGGAGCCCCCGUCACCACCGAACUAUAGCUCAAGCCACCAGGACUCCCACAAGAGGUCCCAUACACGUCAUUCCCAAUCGCCGGAGUACAGGGCGGGCAGAUCAUCGCGUAACACCUCAACCGAGAGGAGACGAAGACGUAGAAGUACCUCCAAACAACGCUCACCUCCACCAACAUCCCGAAAACGUUCGCGUUCCAACGAACGUAGCAGGAGGCAUACUAAACGCGACAGAACGCCAUCAAGAUCACGGGGUAAAAACAGAUCACGCGAUCGACGAAGGAGCAGAUCGAGAAGUGUCAGCAGAAGUUCAACCAACAGCAGAAGCAGAAGUAGAAGCAGAAGUCGAAGCAGAAGGGAUAGGGAUCGUCAUCGAGAGGGUAGGCGACAUCACCGUUCACCUGAUUCUGAGCAUCAUGGUGAACAGGCUGAAACUGGUCAGCCAGUUUUAUCAGCCCCAGCUGUUGUUCCACUUCAAUCCAAUGCCUUUGCCAAUGAUGGCAGCUUCAUGGAAAUGUUCAAGAAGAUGCAGGAGCAGAUGCCACAAGUACAGAAGCCAACGACAUCGAGCCUAGAGGAGAAACCAGUUGCACCACCACCGCUCAUGGUGGGGAAGAGACGUGGUGGGAGAAUUCUGAAGACUGGAAUGGUGGCGAAACCGAAGACAGAGGAAAAGGGAGAAAAGCCCAAGGAUGCUUGGUCGCUGUACAUGGCGGAGGUGAAGAAGUAUCGGGAAGUCUGUUGCCAGGAGGAGGACAAUACCAGACCUCUUGUCAAAUAGUCAUGCUUGGGGCGGGUAACGUUUACGUUAUCGUAGUCUCUAUGGACAGUCAGGAGAAGUUGGGGAAUGUCGGAUAUCUCAGUUAGUUUUAUUAUUUUUUAAUUCGCCGCCUCAUUAGUGGUGACUGAGACUGGAGAUAGUUGAGGGGACACGAGUGCACGGUGUUUUAUUAGGAUAAGAUUAUUCAAUAGUACAAGAUAAUUGAUCAGAGCGAGAUGCGAUACGUACAGCUGUAAUUAUUCGUUGUUCAAUUGUGUAACUGAGAUAAUAGAGAAUAGAUUGUAUUCCUGGAGAGACUUA